AUGACCGUGUACCCAAAGAACCCUGCAUCAGUGCGCCAGUGCCAGGUCUCCACUUGCCCGGCACCAAAAAGGAGGGUCGCGGCAGCGCCUGCGGCCGCUAAGAAGGCCGCUGCGCCAGCCAAGGCCGUGAACCCGCUGUUCGAGAAGCGCAGCCGGACAUACGGCAUCGGCGGCGCCCUCCCCCCGAAGCGCGACCUGCACCGCUUUGUGAAGUGGCCCAAGUAUGUGCGCAUCCAGCGCCAGCGCCGCGUGCUGACCCAGCGGCUGAAGGUCCCCCCCACCCUCAACCGCUUCACCAAGACCCUGGACAAGUCCACUGCCUCCUCCCUCUUCAAGCUGCUGCUCAAGUACCGGCCCGAGGACCGCGCGGCCAAGCGCGAGCGCCUGCUGAAGGAGGCCGAGGCACGCACCGGCGGCGUGGAGGUGGAGAAGAAGCGCCCUGUGGUGGUCAAGUUCGGCAUCAACCACGUGACGCAGCUGGUGGAGGCGGGGAAGGCCAGCCUGGUGGUCAUCGCGCAUGACGUUGACCCCAUCGAGAUCGUGGUCUGGCUGCCCGCGCUGUGCAAGAAGAUGGGCAUCCCGUACGUCAUCGUGAAGGGCAAGGCGCGCCUGGGCACGGUGGUGCACAAGAAGAACGCCACCGCGCUGUGCCUGACCAGCGUGAAGAACGAGGACCAGCGCGAGCUGGCCAAGAUCGCGGAGAGCGCCGCAUCGCUGUACGAGGGCCGCAUCUCCUGGGGCGGCGGCAUCCUGGGCACCAAGAGCCAGGCCCGCCUGCGCAAGCGCGAGAAGGUGCUGGCCAAGGAGGCUCGCUGA